UGCUCGCUCCACCCAUCGGUCGUUACAGCCAUGUCCUCCAUUGAAAAGCUAUUGAUCCGAGGAAUACGGUCCUUUGAGUCUGAUUCUGGAGAGGCAGCGACCAUUACAUUUUUCUCACCUCUCACCCUUAUCACUGGACACAACGGGUCAGGAAAGACUACGAUCAUUGAAUGCCUUAAGUAUGCCACGACUGGCGAUUUACCCCCUGGCAGCAAAGGUGGAGCCUUUGUGAACGACCCAAAGAUGUCGGACAGCCCAAGCGUUAAGGCGCAAGUUCGGCUCCGGUUCAAAAACGUCAACAACCAGACCAUGAGCAUCAUUCGAUCCUUGUCCCUUACGGUCAACAAGAAAACGUAUACGCAAAAGACACUUGAGAACGUAUUAGCUGCAAUGGACCCGCAGACAGGAGAGCUCGUCACUAUCAGUGCCAAAUGCGCGGAAUUAGACGCCGAUGUUCCAAACCAUCUCGGCGUAUCACGGGCGAUCCUGGAUAACGUCAUUUUCUGCCAUCAAGAGGACUCCAACUGGCCGCUGUCCGAACCGAGUAUUUUGAAAAAGAAGUUUGACGACAUUUUUGCUUCCACAAAAUACACGAAUGUGCUGGAUUCUAUAAAAAACAUCAGGAAGGAGAAGACGCAGGAUCUCAAGGUCAUGCAUACUAGUUUGGAGUUUAUCCGACGGAAUAAGGAAAAGGCGGAAAAGGUUCGGGAAUCGCUGGAUAGAAAUAUUGAGAACGCUGGGAACAGCCAACAGAGGAUCGAACAGCUGGAGCUCGACAUUGACAAAUGUGUGGACGAGGUCAGCCGACUCAUGGGAAAGACGCGGGAGAUCCAGGCGAUCGAAGCAACGUUGAGCGCUCUCACACAUGAACAUAGGGCGGCAUUGGCGAAUAUCCGGGAGCUGGAAGGAACAUUUAUGCUUUAUUUGGAGGACGAUUCAGAGUUGCAGGAGAUGCUCUUCAAGCACGAUCUCAGUCAGAAGACUGCCGGUCAGGAAAAAGCGAGGCAGGAGCAACUGAAACAAAGGGCUGCAAGCGCAAUCGCUAACCUGCAGAUGUCCGUGAACAGCAAUCAACAGAGCAUUGGUCAACUCAAGGCAUCUUUAGAUGCGAACAAGAAGAAACAGGCCGACCGAGAUCACUUGAUCAGCGAACUUGCCAAUCUUUACUCGUUCGAAGGAUUCGAUUCAUUGCCAUUGACGGGUUCAGAGAUCUCGAGGUUCGUCAACAAGCUGGAUAUUCAUGUACAGCAGAAGGUACGGGAGGUUGAGAGCCUCAAAAGUGAGAGCAUGGCUAAGGAGCAGGAACUUCGAUCGCAACUGUCAGACAUCAAGGCCAAGACAGAAAUGUUUUCGUCGCUUAAAUCGAGGACCCACUCAGCCAUUUCGUCUGCCAGAGGGAAACUGCGACAGCAGAACCUGGAGCUCUCAAGGUAUCAAUCUGCUGAGGAGGACAUUGCAUCAACUGAAAAGCUUUUGGCUGACCAGGAGACUGCACUUGCCGCUCUCAAAUCCAGCGAUCCUGGACUGGAUUCAUUGGAAUCGCAGAAGCGUGCUAAAGCCGCCGAUGUCGAGGCGUUUGAGAACGAGCUGUCCAAACUGAGCGAAAUGAGCGCAGCGCAUGUCAAGAACGCAGGAUCUCGAGCAAGAAUGACACUACUGAAAAGCAAGCAUACUCAACGGACUGAGCAGAUCCAGGCCAUCAUGAGAGAGAAUCACGACAGCCUCUUGUCAAUCUUGACAGAGGUUCCAACCCCGGAGACGCUUGAGGACUGUCUGCUGCCGACUCUAAAGGAGAAGGAGGUCGCCAUCCAGACAUCCAAGGAGACUCUUGAGGAAUUCAGGCGAGAGCAAUCGAGCUAUGGUAUUCGUACGGAUGGUAUAAUAGCACAACUGCAAAAGCAUGAAGCGACCGUUUCAGAUUGCGAGCGCAAGAUUGCAGCAGAAUGCGGGGCUGAGGCGCUUCCGGAGCUAUUGGCAACCAAAGAGGAAGCCGCUACAGAGCUGCGCGAGCAGGCGCAGGAUAUGAAGACCAUGAGUGCCAUGUACGGACGUUUUGUUAUCAUGGCGGAAAAGAAACACGCGUGCCCACUCUGCUCACGAGGUUUUGAUGCGACUCUUGAGGCUCAAUUCAUGGCUAAGCUUCGGCGAUUGAUGGAGAAGGCAGAAAACGACGAUGAGCGCGAGUUGGUUGCCUUGGAAGCAAGUCUAAAUACACUUCGGUCUUUGAAGUCGGUGUGGGAUACCGCGGAGCGCCUGAAAUCGACAGAAAUACCUAUUCUCAAGAAGGAUCUGGCGGACCUAGAAGAAAAAAAAGCGGCUGCGAUGACUAUGCUUGAAUCUGCCGACAUCGAAGUCACGACAUUGACGACCGAGAUGGAUGACUUGCGACGACUUGCAGCUGUGGCCAAGAAUGCGAUGGAAUUAUGCAAGGAGAACAGCAGAGACGGUGCUAUGAUCAGGGAACUCGAAACCGAACUUCUUUGUGCUGGGUCAACCCAUUCUACGGAGGAGCUGCAGGCCGAGUACAAUGCCGUCAAGCAAAAAGUACAGUCUUCUCGACAGGAUUUAAAUCAUCUGCAGCAGCAAAUUGCUCAGACAACUACAGAGAUUCAGCGAAAGGAGCAAGUCGUUCGAUCGCUGAGGGAAAAGCAUAGCCAGCUCCUGAAUCAACGCCAACGCCAGGCACAAAUCAGCGAACAGAUCGCAGAAACCGAGUCGACUAUCCAGGAUCUCACAGCGGAGCUAGAACAGCACGAGGACGAGAACCGGAAUAUCUUGCCAGAAUUAAACAGAUUGAACGAACAAUUGCGGCAGACAGCAGCAGAGGGACAAGCCAAGGAAAUUAGCGCACAGCAAAUCAUUUCAGGGCUUCAAGGGAACCUGGGAAAAGUGCAGAUGUACAAUAAGGAUCUCGAGCGAAUGGAUACUAAGGCCGCCAUGAUGGACCUCUCAAAUAUGGAGGCCACCACUGAUACUUACAUUGAGGAGAUUCAGCAGCAUAUCAAUGAAGUCCAGGCAGCAGAAAAUGAGAUGCAAGCUCUUCAAGAGCGGUUAGCAGAGUUCAAGAAUCUGCAGCGCAACAUCGAUGACAACUUGCGCUAUCGACGAUACAAGGCUAAGGCGCAGGAGCUAGAGGCCAAGAUUGCAGAGACAGCAUCCAAGAAAGAUGGCGAGGCUCAAGAGACAUAUUCGCGUCAACUGAACCGUCUCAGCAAACGCCAAUCCGAGCUCACUGCGGAGAAGGCUGGUCUGAAGGGUGAGCUUCGGCAGUUGCAGGAUCAAAAGCGGCAGUACGAAGAGGAGCUAAGCGGAGAAUACAAGGACGUUGUGCAGAAAUACCACGACAGUCUGAUUGCGUACAAGACAACCGAGUUGGCAAUGCAGGACCUAGAAAAGUAUACCAAAGCUCUGCAAAGUGCUAUUGUCGAAUAUCACUCGAUGAAGAUGGAGGAGAUCAACAAGACUAUCAAGGAGCUUUGGACCAAUACCUAUCGUGGCACAGAUAUCGACACGAUUGAGAUCCGAUCGGACCAAGAGGGCCUACGAGCGAACCAGACUUACAACUACAGGGUAGUGAUGAUUCAGCGUGGUCGUGUGAUGGACAUGCGUGGCCGAUGUAGUGCAGGACAGAAGGUUCUGGCAUCGAUCAUCAUACGAUUGGCGUUGGCAGAAUCGUUCUCGCUCAACUGCGGCAUCCUGGCGCUCGAUGAGCCCACGACGAACCUGGACGAGGCAAAUAUUGCACAACUGGCGCAGAGUCUCAAGAUGAUCAUUGAAAAGCACCGAGAACAAAGCAACUUUCAGCUGAUCGUCAUCACGCAUGACGAGGACUUUUUAAAGAUGCUGAGUCUGUCAGAUUAUGUUGACUACUACUACCGGGUCAAGAAGAACUCUGAACAAUACAGCACCAUUGACAGGCUCGCUGUUGCGGGUGCAUAAGAAUCCAAGUGGCCUCUGCACUCCUGCAUUAUCGUUGCAUAGCCGCCGUCUCUGUUACACGAAACUCAGAAUAAAACGACCGUGAAUUACUCGCAGCAAUUUCCAAUGUUCUUUUAUCAUGGGUUAUUGACUUCUCGACAAUAUAACCCCACUAAGAAUUCCAUCUCAACUCAAACAUGCGUAUAAGUGGCCACCGUCCCU